UUCCCUUUCACAGGUCUCUUAUCGUCUUCACCUCGUAUCUCUCUCUCAUCGAUCUCGAUCACCAAAGCUCACCAACACAUGGCGAGCCUAUGGCGGGCGGCGAUGGGCUCCACUCAAGCCAACGCCGACGACUACGACGGAGUCGAGUUCUGGGGAACGCCUGAGCGCUCCGGCUGGCUCACCAAGCAAGGCGAGUACAUCAAAACCUGGCGCCGCCGCUGGUUCGUCCUGAAGCAGGGUAAGGUCUUCUGGUUCAAGGAAUCGGCCGUCACACGCGCCUCCCGGCCGCGUGGCGUGAUCCCGGUGGCUAAUUGCCUUACCGUCAAGGGCGCCGAGGAUAGGAUCAAUCGUGAAUUCGCCUUCGAAUUGUCGACUCGAAACGAGACGAUGUACUUCAUCGCCGAUUCGGAGAAGGAGAAGGAGGACUGGAUUAAUUCGAUUGGGCGAUCCAUUGUUCAGCACUCCAGGUCUGUCACCGACAACGAGAUCCUUGAUUAUGAUAGCCGCAAAUAAUUUGGUAAACGUUUGAACGAUUAGCUUCUCUUAUCUCCGUUUUUUUUCUCUUAAUUUAUACCUUUUAAUGAAAAUUGUCAGUUUUGAUGUGCAAAUUUUAGCUUUUUCUGAGUAUUCUGAUUCUGUAUAUGGCUGAUUGAUGUAUGUGCUGCCUUUUUUUUUUUUUUUUUGAAUUUUUAUUUGGGGUUGGGGGUUUUGGAUAUUGUAGUGUGUAAUUCUGUAUUAAUGUGAUAAUUGGAGUAUGGUGUGUUUGUGCACUUGGCUAAGUGACUGUUUCAUUGGUUUGAUUGA